AUGACGCCAGAGAAGAGAUUCAUCUACGAGGUGGAAGCUGCUAAGGAAGCCACCGAUGGAAAACCAUCCAUUGGUCCUGUCUAUCGUAGUACUUUGGCUAAAGACGGAUUUCCUGACCCGAUCGAUGGUAUCGUCAGCUGUUGGGAUAUUUUCCGCACGGCUGUUGAGAAAUAUCCAAACAACCGAAUGCUUGGCCAACGUGAGAUUGUGAACGAAAAGGCAGGAAAGUACGAGUGGAAAACAUACAAAGAAGUAUAUGACAUUGUCAUUAAAAUUGGGAAUUCUCUUCGCAGCUGCGGGUUUGAGGAGGGAGGAAAAUGUGGUAUAUAUGGUGCAAAUUGUCCUGAAUGGAUCAUAAGCAUGGAGGCCUGUAAUGCACACGGCCUCUAUUGUGUCCCUCUAUACGAUACAUUAGGCGCUGGUGCAGUGGAGUUCAUUAUUUCUCACGCAGAGGUUGCAAUUGCUUUUGCGGAGGAGAAGAAAAUCCCUGAGCUUUUUAAGACAUGUCCAAACUCUACAAAAUAUAUGAAGACUGUUGUGAGCUUUGGUGGGGUCAAACCGGAACAGAAAGAAGAAGCUGAAAAGUUAGGUUUGGUAAUACAUGCUUGGGAUGAGUUCUUGAAGCUGGGUGAAGGUAAACAAUAUGACCUUCCCGUUAAAAAGAAAAGUGACAUAUGCACGAUUAUGUAUACUAGCGGAACCACUGGUGACCCAAAGGGAGUUCUAAUUUCAAACGAGAGCAUUGUUACUAUAACAAGUGGUGUGAUGCAUUUCCUACAGAGUGUGAACGAAUCACUAACUGAGAAGGAUGUAUAUAUUUCCUAUCUUCCUCUUGCUCACGUCUUUGACCUCGCUAUCGAGGAAUGUAUCAUUCAAGUGGGCGGUUCAAUUGGUUUCUGGCGCGGGGAUGUCAAGCUUUUGAUUGAAGACCUUGGUGAGCUAAGGCCAAGUAUUUUCUGCGCUGUUCCUCGUGUCCUAGAGCGAGUUUACACAGGGCUGCAGCAGAAACUAUCUGUUGGCGGUUUCUUCAAGAAGAAGGUUUUCAAUGUUGCAUUUUCCUAUAAAUUUGGAAAUAUGAAGAAGGGACAGUCUCAUGUCGCGGCCGCUCCAUUCUGUGACAAACUUGUCUUCAACAAGGUUAAACAAGGACUGGGAGGAAAUGUGAGGAUUAUUCUAUCUGGAGCAGCUCCUCUUGCUAGUCACAUUGAGUCAUUUCUUAGAGUUGUAGCAUGUUGUCAUGUUCUACAAGGAUAUGGUCUAACUGAGAGCUGUGCUGGAACAUUUGUCACGUUCCCAGACGACCUGGACAUGCUUGGAACAGUUGGUCCACCUGUGCCAAACGUCGAUAUACGCCUGGAAUCUGUUCCGGACAUGGAAUAUGAUGCUCUUGGAAGUACCCCGCGUGGCGAAAUCUGCAUCCGUGGGAAAACCCUGUUUUCUGGGUACCACAAACGUGAAGACCUAACGAAAGAGGUUCUUAUUGAUGGAUGGUUUCACACAGGUGAUGUUGGUGAGUGGCAACCAGAUGGAAGCAUGAAGAUAAUUGACCGUAAAAAGAACAUAUUCAAACUCGCUCAAGGAGAGUACGUUGCAGUUGAGAGUUUAGAAAACGUCUACGGUCAAGUAGAGGCCAUUGAUUCAGUAUGGGUGUAUGGGAACAGCUUUGAGUCCUUCCUUAUCGCAGUUGUUAACCCGACUAAGCAAACUCUUGAACGCUGGGCCGUGGAGAACGAAGUGGAAGGAGGAGACUUCAACUCUAUCUGUCAAAAUGCAAAAGCGAAAGCAUUCAUACUUGGAGAACUUGUUAAGGCAGGCAGAGAGAGAAAGUUGAAAGGUUUUGAGAUCAUUAGAGCUGUUCAUUUGGAACCGGUGGCUUUCGACAUUGAAAGAGAUCUUCUUACUCCUACCUACAAAAAGAAGAGGCCUCAAUUGCUCAAAUACUAUCAAAAUGUGAUUGAUGAGAUGUACAAGGCUGCAAAGGAAGGUCAAGGUUCAGGACAGUAG